CGAAGGGCACGCGGGGAAAGCUGGGAAACUCAAGCGGUCAGCCACCAUCUUGUUUCCUAUAGACCGGCGGUGACCGUGGGGAGCAAUUUUGGACCAUGAAGCUGCUAACCAGAACCAGCUCCCUCGCGAGAUUUUAUUCCCUCAAAGUUGCUCCCAAAGUGAAAGCCACAGCUGCCCCUGCGGGAGUGCCUCCACAUCCUCAGGACCUUGAGUUUACCAAAUUACCAAAUGGUUUAGUGAUUGCCUCUCUGGAAAACUAUGCUCCUGCAUCAAGAAUUGGUUUGUUCAUUAAAGCAGGCAGUAGGUAUGAGGACUCUAACAACUUAGGAACCUCUCAUUUGCUUCGUCUUGCAUCCAGUCUGACUACAAAAGGAGCAUCAUCUUUCAAGAUAACUCGUGGAAUUGAAGCAGUUGGUGGCAAAUUAAGUGUGACUUCAACAAGGGAAAACAUGGCCUACACUGUGGAAUGCCUACGGGAUGACGUCGAAAUUCUAAUGGAGUUCCUGCUCAAUGUCACCUCAGCACCUGAAUUUCGUCGUUGGGAGGUAGCAGCUCUUCAGUCUCAGCUAAGGAUUGACAAAGCUGUGGCUUAUCAAAAUCCACAGGCUCGUAUCAUUGAAAGUUUGCAUGCUGCAGCUUACCGAAAUGCCUUGGCUAAUUCCUUGUAUUGUCCAGACUAUAGGAUUGGAAGGGUCACAUCAGAUGAGUUACAUAACUAUGUUCAGAACCAUUUUACAAGUGCAAGAAUGGCUUUGAUUGGACUUGGUGUGAGUCAUUCUGUUCUGAAGCAAGUUGCUGAACGGUUUCUGAACAUGAGGGGUGGACUUGGUUUAUCUGGUGCAAAGGCCAGAUACCGUGGAGGUGAAAUUCGAGAACAGAACGGAGACAGUCUCGUCCAUGCUGCUUUUGUAGCAGAAAGUGCUGCCGCAGGAAGUGCAGAAGCAAAUGCAUUUAGUGUUCUCCAGCAUGUCCUUGGUGCUGGGCCACAUGUUAAAAGGGGCAGCAAUGCCACCAGCCCUCUGUACCAAGCUGUCGCCAAGGGGAUUCACCAUCCAUUUGACGUUUCCGCUUUUAAUGCCAGUUACUCAGAUUCCGGACUCUUUGGGAUUUACACUAUCUCACAGGCUGCAGCUGCCGGAGAUGUUAUCAAGGCUGCCUACAACCAAGUAAAAACAAUUGCUCAGGGAAACCUUUCCAAUACAGAUGUCCAGGCUGCCAAGAACAAGCUGAAGGCUGGGUAUCUAAUGUCAGUGGAGUCUUCUGAGGGUUUCCUGGAUGAAGUCGGGUCUCAGGCCCUCGUUGCUGGUUCGUACAUACCACCAUCCACAGUCCUUCAGCAGAUUGAUUCAGUAGCUGAUGCUGAUGUCAUAAAUGCUGCAAAGAAAUUUGUUUCUGGCAAGAAGUCAAUGGCAGCAAGUGGAAAUUUGGGGCAUACACCUUUUGUUGAUGAGCUGUAAUACUGAAACAUGGCAGAAAGAGCUGGAUGUUUUCUAAACCCAGAGCAGCAACUACAUGAAAGUCACAAGUCUAUAAUGUAAAAUUUAUCUUUUUUUUUUCAAUGAGAUGAGAUAAUCCUAAAAAAUAUAAAUGCAGGUCAUUGUUUCCAGCCAACCUAACGUCAAUAAAAUACUUGUAAGCGU